CGUCCAAUACGGCGAUGGGCGAUCGCGAAGUGUAAUUGUAAUCGUCAACCGGCCGAAGGCGAAUUGUAAUUUACGGCCGUGGGGGAGGGGAAGGGGCGGGGCGGGCAAGCCGGAUGGGGCGGGGCGCCGCUUCCCCGCGGAUAAAAGCGGCUCCGCCCCGGCUAAGCGCGACUCGACCCAGACUCUGACUGGGAUCGCUCAGCACCUCUGGGAGGCAGCAGCAGCAGCAGCAGCAUUCAGCAACAGCAGCAGCAGUGAUGAUGAGCGCGGAAGGCGGCGAUCAGCCCGCUGUGGCCGAAGAGGCGACGGCCCCUGGUGGUGAUCAAUCCGAGGCGGGAGGGCGGCAGCAGCAGCAGCAGCAGCCCGAUGCUUCGGAGCGAAAUGUUGAGGCGCAACAAGAGGAGGCUCCCGGCAAAGAGGAGCAGCAGCAGCCCCCCAGCAAAGAAGAGCCGACUCCCACCAAGGAAGAGGCGCAACCCGGGGAGCAGUACAAAGCCGUGGUGCUUACGAGCUUCGGCGGCUACGACAAGCUGCGGGUGGAGCGGCGCACUGGGGCCAUGGUGCCUGCGGCCGGGGAGGUGAGGAUUCGGGUCCACGCGUGCGGCCUCAACUUCGCCGAACUGAUGGCUCGCCAGGGCCUCUACGACUGCCUUCCCAAGAAGCCGCCAGUCGUGCUUGGCAUGGAGUGCGCUGGGGAGGUGGAGGCCGUGGGCGAAGGGGUCGAAGACCGAAACGUGGGAGACCGUGUGUUGGUGGUGAACCGUGGUGGGCUAUGGCAGAGCCUUGUUUGUGUGGCGGCUACCAAGACCUUUAUCAUGCCGGAUGAAAUGAGCUUUGAAGAGGGAGCGGCAAUUCCUGUCAACUACAUAACAGCAUACAUGAUGCUCUUUGAUUUUGCCAACUUGAGAGAGGGCAAGAGUGUCCUCCUCCACAUGGCUGCAGGUGGCGUUGGCAUUGCAGCCACCCAGCUUUGCAAGACUGUUCCCAACGUGACUCUCUUUGGAACUGCUUCAGCUAGCAAGCAUGACAUUAUUAGAGAGCAGGGUGUCACACACCCAAUUGAUUAUCGCUCCCUCGACUAUGUUGCUGAAGUUCGCAAGAUUUCACCAAAAGGUGUUGAUAUUGUACUGGAUCCGCUGGGAGGAAGUGACAACGCCAAGAAUUAUAACCUGCUGAAGCCUAUGGGCAAGAUGGUGAUUUAUGGUGCGGCAAAUUUUUCUACUGGGGAAAAGACUAGCGUUUUUUCUCUGGCGAAGAACUGGCUGCGCUCCUUCAACGUCAGUGCAAUGCAAUUACUGCGCUCAAACCGUGCAGUGAGUGGUUACCACCUGGGCUACCUGGAUGAGGAAGUGGAAUUGGUGCGCUCGGUGAUGGCAAAUCUGCUUGACCUUUACCGCCAGGGUCACAUCAAACCACGCAUCGACUCUACUUGGGCUUUUGAGAAGGUUGGUGAUGCGAUGAGGCAAAUGCAUGAGCGCAAGAACAUUGGGAAAGUUAUUUUGGUGCCAGAGAAAGAUGAACCAGAGGAGGAGUCUGAGAAGGAAGAGCCCAAGAAAGAUGGUUCCAAGAAGGAGGGGUCCAAGAAGGAAGGGUCCAAGAAGGAUGAUUCUAAGAAGGAAGGGUCCAAGAAGGAAGGGUCCAAGAAGAAUGAUACCAAAAAGGAAGGGGCCAAGAAAGAUGAUUCAAAGGAGGGUGAAUCCAAGAAGGAAGAAGAGCCAGAGGUUAAAUAAGGCACUGCAUCGAUGUGCAGAGUGGGUUGGUUUUUACCUCUCGCACUCCCAAUGCCCCCUUCAUUUGUCCCUGAUGUGGACCAAAUUUAUGCCUCUGUGAAAAAUGCAGGUUGUCAGACUACCAGUGUUUGUGAAAAAGGCAUAGGAGUAGUGUUUGGGAUUGUUUACAGUAUUUGCUCAAAUGGCUUGCUUUCUCCUGACCUGUAGAUGUAACACUAGUUGUUGAUGCAUGUCAUGUUCAUAGGAUGUGUUUAACCCCAAGAUGCAGACAGAUUUUAUAUAAUACAUUGCACUUGUAAUCCUGAACCUGUUUCUAAAAAUAUCAAUUUCAACCAAAAUAUCGUAUUGAAGCUUUAUGAUGCACUUCAUCUCAAUGUGGCAUUGGCAGCCUGCGACCUUAGUGCACCAAUCUAACAAUGUGAAAUUCCCUUGGUGCUGAGACUUGGUGGUAGAGGAACCCCCCCCCUUUUUCCUGGUGGUGCAUUUCUCUGCUGCCCCGUAGAGACAAGCUUGUCACCAGGUAGCCUUUGCUAGUAAUGGUGCAAAAACUGGCUUUUCUUAACCGUCAUUUGGAUUGCCUUGGAUUUUGUACUCGCUUGAAACAUCCAUAAUGAGCAUCUAAAAUGAAGUCGUGGUUAAAUGGAUGACAUCUUUAAUGUAAAGUCUGAGCAUUCCUAAAAUUGUGCUUUUUGGAGAAGGGGGGGGGGUCUAUGCAUGUGCCAAACGAGGAAUUAGAUAUUCUAGACCAGUAUUGCAAUCUCAAAUCUAAUACAUCUUUGCCUUACUGACCAGGACCAGUGAUGUGCAUUUAAUUGCCUUAGUCUUUGUGUUGCACUUAAUAAAUUGCCUUGUGUGUUUUGCAUAGUGAUGUUUCCCGUGGUUUUUGGUAUCUGACGUGACAUGUGCAUUCCCAAUAAUUCGUUAUUGUGGUUACAAUAAAGUUUCAUGAAAUUA